AUGGUUAUUUCGCCCUCUGCCACCUCCCUGAUUCCGACCACCAUAAUGGUUGCCACGAGGAUUUCCAAAAAAAGAAGAUUUGAGGCUGAUGAUGAACAUUCAAAACUUGAUGAGAAGAUGAAGAAUCCGUGUGAGAGGCUUGAGGUAGGCGGUGUUGUUGAGUUUGCAAUGUUUCUUCUUCUAUUGGAAGCAUAUACCACAUCUCUAGGAGAUGUAUGGAGUCAAAGUAAAGAUAAGUAUAUGAUUGGGAGAGCAAAAGAACUUGCUCCUUCCUUUUUGCUCCCAAAUCAAAGCAAUGAACUUGUGGACCUGAUUCUUUCAACUUUAGAGCUGAAAAUAACUUGA